AUUUUUUCUUUUUUCUUUUGUUUUUAUUUGUUUUUCUGUUUUUUUUUUUCGUAAAAGUGAAAAAGGUAAAAAAAACUCUUGAAGUGGUGUCAUCGUCAAUGUCAUCGUCGUGCACCACAUCGCCGUUCGUGAGCCUCGCCUUUUAAUACGAGGCUCGCGAGCAGUGAUCUAAGACACCCGGUGUUUUAUAUCGUGAUACGUGUUUUCUUCUAUACUCUGGACUUUGAUAAUUAGUCAAGUGUUAUAAUAAUAAUAAGAAGAAGAAGAGAUAAGAAGAAAGAAGAAUAGAAAAUAACGUUGAAACGGAGGGAGCGUGGAAAGUUCUUGGAUCUUUAUUAUGGUCAUCUGAUGACAAUGGCCGAUACUUGGGAAUCCUCGUAAAAGAUCGAGGAGGUUUCUCAUCCUCGACUGUACUACUACACCUUUCUACCUUCUAGUCUAAAGGUAGCAUAAGGAUCAUCGUCAUCUCUCUCAUUCGAGAAGUGGAAAAUCAAGUCAGGAACGAAAUAAUAGUGAAAAAGAUAGGAAAAAGAGUGUCCUGAGAAGAGGAUUGAAGAAGAUCCUAAGAGAAGAAAGAAGAAGGAAGAAAAGAAGAAGCACGUUGGGUUUAUAAGAAUCGAUUAACUCUCUUUCUUUCUCACAGAUACACAGACACUAACGUUAUUAUCAAAGGAUAUAUAUUGUCCUUUUUAAUUUGCGAAAGCAGGACUUUGAAAAUUUGCUGGUACAAUAAAGGAAAGAUUUAUCACUAAGAAAAACCCAUAAACCAACCAAUCAACCAACCAAACCAAUCAGUCAGCUAGUGUAUUUUUUCAAAAAAAAAAAAAAAAAAAAAAAAAUAUACCGUGUAUACUUAACACGUUUCUAGAUACGUUUUAAGUGUAUAACCAUACAAAUAUAUGUAUACAUAUUAUAUCUAUCUAUCUACACACACAUAUAUACAUAUAUAUACAUAUGAAAUCUCUUUGAUAACGUUGAUGUGAUCUGUGUCUUACUGAGAAGUAUAACCGUCGUUCGUUAACAAGUGUAAGAGAAGGAGGACGAGUAGGAGUAGGAGGAGGAAGAAGAAGAGUUUCAGGAGAGGUGGAUGAAGAGGGGACUGAAGGGGGGACUCUGGGUACUGAUAAGGGCUUAUCCAGAGAUACGAUGGCUGCUAACCGGGCCGUUCUCGUCAGUCUAAGCGUUCAGGUGCCGUCGAUGAGAUCGUCGUCAUCAUCGUUUCACUUUAAUUACAGUGAUAUCGUCGCGAAAGUUCCAGUGCCUUCGGCCGUGCUAUCUCUUCUCGGUUGAGACGUGAACGUUUCUAGAAGAGCUGGAUUAGAUUGCGGAUAUAAUUCCUCAACAAAUAUAAAUAAUUAUAAAAAAGAAAAGAAAGAUAUAAGGAAAAGAAAAGAAAAAAGAAAAAGGAAAGAAACAAUUACCCGUAGAAUCGUGAAAAAUAUAAAUUGUUCGUCGCGAGUGUGCGUAAAAUCAAUCGAGUGUGUCGUGCAUAUAUCUGUAUCGUGUUUUUCGUCACAUCAAUCAAAGUACACUUACAUUAAUUUAACAUAUAUAUUCACACGUAUAUAUAUAUAUAUAUAUAUUUAUAUAUAAAUUAUAUGUGUGUGUGUAUGUAUACGGUGUAAAAGGAUCAUCAUCGUUCUUGAUAGUAUCGAUUCGUGAAUCUUAAUUAGCAAGGUGGUUUGGGGGUUGCAAACCUUCAAACCGUAAAAGACAGUAAUCCUGUCUUCCUUAAGGAUAAACGAGGAGGAGAGAAGGAGGGACAGAGGAGAGCUGGUUACAAGGAGAACACCAAUGAAAAUGCUUCAAUCACUGAACGCCCUGGCGGGAAAAAUCUCGCCUAGUUCGCCUACCGACAGCAACGCUAAUAAGGUUCACAUGCAUAACAACAACAACGUCGUACACCAUCAUCAUCCAUAUUCGAAACAACAAACUCAACCCUCGCCGCCUGCAUCCCACUCGAGUAACAACAAUGAUCAAAAGGAGAACACCAUAAUGAACAAUAAUAGUGUUGAGCAGCCAGAUCCAGACAAUAUAAAGAUGUUCGUUGGGCAGGUACCACACGACAUGGAUGAAAACGAUCUUCGAACGUUGUUCGAAGAAUUUGGCAGAGUACAUCAGAUCAACGUUCUACGGGACAAAACUACUGGCAGUAGUAAAGGAUGCUGCUUUGUUACCUUUUACACGAGAAAAGCGGCUUUGGACGCACAGAAUGCAUUGCACAACGUAAAGACUUUCAACGGGAUGCGGCAUCCGAUCCAAAUGAAACCAGCAGAUAGCGAGAAUAGAAACGAACGCAAAUUGUUCGUUGGCAUGCUAUCGAAAAAAUACACGGAAAAUGAUGUCAGAACCAUGUUCAGCGUUUACGGAACGAUCGAGGAGUGUUCGGUGUUACGAGACAAUUCCGGACAAAGUAAAGGCUGUGCCUUCGUUACUUUCGCUAGUAAACAAUAUGCUAUCAACGCCAUUAAGGCCCUUCAUCAUUCGCAAACGAUGGAGGGAUGCUCAUCGCCGCUGGUUGUGAAAUUCGCUGACACGCAGAAGGAAAAGGAUCAAAAAAGAAUGCAACAAAUUCAAGCGAAUCUCUGGAAUAUCGCGGGAGUCAACAUGGCGCCGCAUUACCUGACGACGAGUGACGCGCAUACGUUAGCACCUACGUCGUUGCAAUUAUUGCAACAGUUGCAAGCGACGACGAGUGCGGCCACCCCGGUAGCUGCAGGCGCCGGAGCUAACGCUCUCUCGAGUGUUCAGCAUCAGCUGUUGUUACAGCAGCACCUUGGCUUAGGUGCAGCCACCCCCGCACACGCGGCCCCACCUGCCGUACCAAGUCCACCAGAGAUUAGCCCUGCCAAUCUCCAGGGUCUGGCAACAUUAGCGUCCCUCGGUAACUCCGCUGGUGAGUAUGCAAACGCUGGAGUAUCACCGAUGAGUAUGCAAAACCUUGUCACUUUGGCAGCCAUGACUGGCGGAAAUGGCAACCUUCAAGUGUCGCCAACGACGUUAAGCGGACUGGCGAAUUCGACAGCAGGUAUGUCGCUAUCUGCCCUUCUCGGGAAGACAGGAAGUACAGGGUCGACUGGUGGUAGCUUGAGUCCUGUGACGUCACUCGCGCUUAAUUCAUUGACAGGAGCACCUUUGAACGGACUACAGGAUUCUCUGAGUAACGCUUAUUCGAGCUUGCAGCAAUACGCAGCUCUCAUUGGAAAGACGACGGUGACCGUGGAAAAGAAAGAAUUGCAUAGGUUCCCGGCAUUCACGGCAGCAGCGGCCGCAGCAGCAGCGGCGGCACAAAAUUCGAGUUUCAAUGCCGCGGGCAAGCAAAUCGAGGGACCCGAAGGUGGUAACCUCUUCAUCUACCACCUACCACAGGAAUUUAGCGAUACCGAUCUCGCUUCUACCUUUCUACCUUUCGGCAAUGUCAUAUCCGCCAAAGUUUUCAUCGAUAAGCAGACGAAAUUGAGCAAAUGCUUCGGUUUCGUAUCGUACGACAAUUCGGCGAGCGCGCAAGCAGCGAUCCAGGCGAUGAAUGGUUUUCAAAUCGGCACGAAGCGAUUAAAGGUUCAAUUAAAACGAUCCAAGGAUGCUUCUAAGCCGUACUAGUUGACAUCAUCCUCGUACUACACGUUCGUAGCAGGUGGCCUGUGACGUUGUGACCGUGUACACUCGAUCGGAGUCGCCGUGCCAUGUCAGUCUCAGUCAGUCAGUCAGUUAAUCAGUCAGUCACUCAGUCAGUCAGUCAAUCAAUCAAUCGAUCGAUCCAUCGAUCGGUCGAUCGAUCGAUCGAUCGAUUGAUGAUCGUCUUCGAUCGACGACCACAAGUCGAUUAAAAUCAGUCACGACUUCUUGGUCAAUCUCUCGAUCGGUCUCUCUGUGUCUGUCGGUGCGCUGCCUGUACAAAAAAAAAAACAAACCAAAAAAAAGAGAACAAAAAAUUUAUACAAAUCCCAUCUUUCUCUCUAAGAUUAACUGGCCACCAUCAUUGUUCCAAACAAAAAUUCCUGGCAAAUAAGAAGUCAAUUCUACUCCCGCACUUUUUCCCAUUCUUAUCCUUUGAAAAUAUGGUCCUCCUUCACCGAAAAAAAAGAAAAGAAAAGGAAAGAGAAAGAGAAAGAGAAAGAAAAAGAGAGAAAGAAAGAGAGAGAGAGAGAAAAAUAGAAAAAGGGAAAAAAACUCAACUGUGUGUGCCUGUGCCUGCGAAUUUAACGCGCAAAUCACCACCGUAGCGAUUUUAAACGUUCUCGGAUUAAAAAAAAAAAAAAUGUAAGGAAUCCUCGUUGUUGAUCGUCAAGACUUUGAAACUUCCUGUACAGUACAAAGUGUAUUACCCGGGGAUAAGAAAAUGAAGAGGAAGUGA